AUGGAAGAACGGUGCUUGCUCAAGAACGAUAUCACUGAGUUGAUAGGUAACACACCAAUGGUGUAUCUGAACAAAGUUGUUGACGGUUGUGUAGCCCGUAUAGCCGCCAAGCUUGAGAUGAUGGAGCCUUUCUCUAGCAUCAAAGACAGAAUAGCUUAUAGUAUGAUCAAAGAUGCAGAAGACAAAGGAUUGAUUACUCCCGGAAAGAGUACGUUGAUAGAGGCAACGGGAGGUAACACCGGGAUUGGUUUAGCAAGCAUAGGGGCUUCAAAAGGGUAUAAAGUGAUCCUUAUAAUGCCCUCAACGAUGAGCUUAGAGAGGAGAAUCAUUCUGAGAGCAUUAGGUGCAGAGCUUCAUCUCACAGGCAUGCACGUAGGUGUUGAUGGAAUGUUGGAGAAAGCUCAAGAUAUAUUAAGCAAAACUCCUGGUGGUUACAUACCACACCAGUUUCUAAAUCCUGAGAAUCCUGAGAUUCAUUACAGAACCACAGGUCCGGAGAUAUGGAGAGACUCAGCAGGGAAAGUAGAUAUAUUGGUCGCCGGUGUUGGCACUGGUGGAACGGUUACCGGAACAGGAAAGUUCCUUAAGAAGAUGAAUAAAGACAUUAAGGUUUGUGUGGUGGAACCUACAGAGAGUGCGGUACUUAGCGGAGGAAAACCAGGUCCUCAUUUGAUCCAGGGAAUUGGUUCUGGUGUCAUUCCAACCAAUUUGGACUUUAGCAUUGUUGAUGAAAUUAUACAAGUGACAGGUAAGGAAGCCAUUGAAACAGCAAAGCUUCUUGCUCUCAAAGAAGGAUUGUUGGUGGGAAUAUCCGCUGGAGCCGCAGCAGCAGCUGCGUUGAAGGUUGCAAAGCGGCCAGAAAACGCAGGGAAACUCAUUGCGGUGAUUUUUCCUAGUGGAGGAGAACGUUAUUUAUCGACUGAACUGUUCGAGUCUGCCAGAUAUGAAGCAGAGAAUUUGCCGAUUGAAUGA